AUGAGGAUUACAGGUCUCGACCCCUUUAGGGGUCGUCUUUGGCCUCAAUUGGUCCUGGCUUUGGCCAUAGUCCUUGUUUCAAGCAAUGUAGCUUCAGUCUCUGGAGAUGCUUAUCCUUACAGUUCUCCACCACCACCUUACGAGUACAAGUCACCUCCACCUCCACCUUACGAGUACAAGUCACCUCCUCCUCCGGUUCAUUCUCCACCUCCACCUUACGAGUACAAGUCACCUCCUCCUCCGGCUCAUUCUCCCCCUCCACCUUACGAGUACAAGUCUCCGCCACCACCGUACGAGUACAAGUCUCCGCCACCACCUGUCCACUCCCCACCACCACCUUAUGAGUACAAGUCACCUCCUCCACCCGCCCACUCUCCUCCACCACCUUAUGAGUACAAGUCACCUCCUCCACCUCCUUCACAUUCACAGUCACCAUAUUACUACAAAUCACCACCACCACCUCCAUACUAUUACAAAUCUCCACCUCCUCCCUCACCAUCACCUCCACCUCCUUACUACUACAAGUCUCCCCCACCACCUCCUUACAUCUACAAGUCUCCACCCCCUCCUUCUAGUCCACCCCCGAAGCCUUACUACUACAAGUCUCCUCCACCGCCAGUUCACUCGCCUCCACCACCUUAUUACUACAAGUCUCCACCACCCCCCUCGCCAUCACCUCCGCCUCCUUACUACUAUAAAUCUCCACCACCACCAGCCAAGUCUCCACCACUACCUCCUUACUAUUAUAAGUCUCCACCACCGCCUCCCAAGUUUCCACCACCACACCCUUACUACUAUAAAUCUCCUCCACCACCACCACCACCACCCAAACACCUUCCACCUCCAUACUACUACAAAUCUCCUCCACCACCUUCACAUCCGCUACCACCCCCAUACUACUACAAAUCUCCACCACCACCACUACCACCCAAGCACCUUCCUCCUCCAUACUACUACAAAUCUCCUCCACCACCUUCACAUCCGCUACCACCCCCAUACUACUACAAAUCUCCUCCACCACCUUCACAUCCGCUACCACCCCCAUACUACUACAAAUCUCCACCACCACCACCACCCAAGUCCCUUCCUCCCCCAUACCAUUAUCCUCCUCAUAUGCACCACCCGAUGAUAGUCAAGGUGGUGGGAAAAGUCUACUGCUACAGAUGCUAUGACUGGGGAUAUCCAAUCAAAUCACACGACAAGAAGCAUCUCAAAGGUGCCGUUGUGGAGGUAACUUGCAAGGUUGGAAAGGAUGAGAUCAAGGCCUAUGGUACCACUAAGAUCAACGGCAAAUAUAGCAUCUUAGUCGAAGGAUUUGACUAUAACAAGGACGGUGGGGCUGAGGCCUGCAAGGCGAAGCUCCACGCUGCGCCCAAACAUUCACCAUGUAAGAUCCCCACUGACCUUCACUGGGGCAAAAAGGGUGCCAACCUCAAGGUCAAGUCCAAGAAUCACUAUGAAGUUGUGCUCAAAGCAAAGCCAUUCGCUUAUGCUCCAAAGACUCCUUACAAGGAGUGUGAGAAGUCCAAGCCCAAGCCAAUGCCCAAAUCUCCACCACCCCCAGUUUACCAUCCACCAUAUGUCUACAAAUCUCCACCACCACCGGUUUACCAUCCCCCAUACAUCUAUAAGUCUCCUCCACCGCCGGUCUCUCAUCCUCCCCCAAGCUACAUUUACAAGUCUCCACCACCACCGAUUUAUCAUCCACCCUACAUCUACAAGUCCCCACCACCACCUUACAUCUACAAGUCCCCACCACCACCUUACAUCUACAAGUCUCCACCACCACCAGCCCAUUUACCGCCACCAUACUACUACAAGUCCCCACCACCACCAGUCUACUCCCCUCCACCUCCAUACUAUUACAAGUCCCCACCACCACCAGUCUAUUCCCCUCCACCUCCAUACUAUUACAAGUCCCCACCACCACCACCAUCCCAUCCUCUCCCUGCCCCAUACUAUUAUAAGUCUCCUCCUCCACCGGUGCACUCUCCACCACCACCUUACUACUACAAAUCCCCGCCUCCACCGGUGCACUCUCCACCACCACCUUACUACUACAAAUCCCCACCACCACCAGUCUACUCCCCUCCACCUCCAUACUAUUACAAGUCCCCACCACCACCACCAUCCCAUCCUCUCCCUGCCCCAUACUAUUAUAAGUCUCCUCCUCCACCGGUUCACUCUCCACCACCACCUUACUACUAUAAAUCCCCGCCUCCACCGGUGCACUCUCCACCACCACCUUACUACUACAAAUCCCCACCACCACCAGUCUACUCCCCUCCUCCUCCAUACUAUUACAAGUCCCCACCACCACCCCCACCAUCCCAUCCUCUCCCUGCCCCAUACUAUUAUAAGUCUCCUCCUCCACCGGUGCACUCUCCCCCUCCUCCAUAUGUGUACAAGUCCCCACCACCACCAGUGCAUUCUCCACUGCCACCUUACUACUAUAAAUCUCCACCACCACCGGUGCAUUCUCCCCCUCCACCAUAUGAGUACAAGUCUCCACCACCACCGGUGUACUCUCCCCUACCACCUUACUACUACAAAUCCCCACCACCACCGGUGCAUUCUCCCCCUCCUCCAUAUGAGUACAAGUCCCCGCCACCACCGGUGCACUCUCUCCCACCACCUUACUACUACAAAUCCCCGCCACCACCGGUGCAUUCUCCCCCUCCUCCAUAUGAGUACAAGUCUCCACCACCUCCAGUGCAGUCUCCUCCACCUCCAUAUGAGUACAAGUCCCCGCCACCACCACCUAUGCACUAUUCUUCACCUCCUUACAAGUACAAGUCCCCUCCACCACCGGUACACUCUCCUCCACCACCAUAUGAAUAUAAGUCCCCACCACCACCAGUACACUCCCCUCCGCCUCCAUAUGAGUACAAGUCCCCACCACCACCUGUGCACUCUCCUCUACCUCCUUACAUGUACAAGUCCCCUCCACCACCGGCACACUCUCCUCCACCACCAUAUGAGUACAAGUCCCCACCACCACCUAUGCACUCUCCUCCACCUCCAUACGAGUACAAGUCUCCUCCACCCCCAGUCCACUCUCUUCCACCUCCUUACGAGUACAAGUCCCCCCCACCCCCAAUGCACUCUCCACCACCACCAUAUGAGUAUAAGUCCCCGCCCCCUCCAGUUCACUCUCCCCCUCCUCCCUACUUCUACAAAUCACCUCCCCCACCUGAGAAAUCUCCUCCACCACCUGUCUACAUUUAUGCAUCUCCUCCACCACCAAUUCACUACUAAGCUCAAUAAGAUCAGCCUCGUAGCACACCAAUCAUAUGUUAGUUUCGAGAAUGCAAUAAGAGAAGGCACAAUUAGAGAAAGAAAUAGGAACCAAGCUUCCAAUCCAAGUUCAUUCAAUAAGGAUCUGACUGCAACGUUUGAUUCCCAUAUACUUCAUUCAGAUCAGAUUGCUUCUACUUAUCUGGUGGCCAUGUUACACACUAUAAUCUUAUUAUAUUCAAGUUGGAGUGGCUCCAGAGGUACUUUACAUGAGGAAAGUCGGAUUAGGAAGUGGGAUUCGAAGUGUCACUAUAAUUUGGAUGUGCCAGUCUGUCAGUACGUUUAUUUAUUUUUUUCAAAUUUUCACUCGGUUAUAUCCUAGAGGUUCCAUCUAGUCAUAUAAAAUUUGUAUAGAGUAUGACCGUGUAUGAUUGUGUUUCCUAUUUAUUAUGGUAAUUUGUUUGUUGGAACUUCUUGUGCUUGCAAUGAGAUUAUUGUCAAUAAAGAAAUUAAGACAGACAUGAGUUCUGUUGCGUGAA